ACCAAAAAGGGAAAGGAUCAGCUACGUGAGGCUGAGAUGAGAGUUGAGAGUAGCAGUGACCGAAAAAGGAAGGAAAUGAUAGCAUUCUAGCUUGUUUAGCUUCACGCUGUGUAGUUGGUUUUUCGUUAUUUCAUAUGUCCAUCAGCUCCCAAAUCCUCUCCACACAGUAACAGAUUGCAUUGACUCAUCUUUUUGAUUUGGAUCACCAUGGAACAUAAAUUAGCAACAACUGAAGGACAACCCAUAAGAUGUAAAGCGGCGGUUUGUCGCAAAGCUGGUGAGCCACUGGGUAUUGAGGAGAUCAUGGUGGCGCCACCAAUGCCUGGUGAAGCUCGCAUUCGUAUUAUAUGCUCCUCUCUCUGUCGAACUGAUAUCAGUUUCCGGAACAUGCAGGGGCCUCCGGCCAAUUUCCCAACAAUUCUGGGUCAUGAGGCAAUAGGGGUUGUGGAGAGCGUAGGAGAGGAUGUAACUGAAGUUGCAAAAGGAGAUAUGGUUGUCCCAAUUUUCAUAGCUGAAUGUGGGGAGUGUAUAGAUUGCAAAUCAAGCAAGAGCAACCUUUGUUCAAAGUUUCCUUUCAAGCUGUCUCCUUGGAUGCCUAGACAUGCCACUUCUAGAUUCGUGGAUUUAAAAGGAGAGAUCAUACACCACUUCUUGUCUGUUUCUAGUUUUAGCGAGUACACCGUGGUCGACAUCGCCCAUCUAACCAAGAUUGAUCCGGAAGUUCCUCCCAGCAAGGCAUGCCUCCUCAGUUGUGGUGUAUCAACCGGGGUAGGUGCUGCUUGGAGAACAGCAGGUGUGGAGCCAGGGUCUACAGUAGCUAUUUUCGGGCUGGGAAGUAUUGGAUUAGCUGUUGCUGAGGGAGCUAGACUUUGUGGAGCAACAAGGAUUAUAGGUGUGGAUAUCAACUCAGAAAAAUAUGAAAUCGGAAAGAAGUUUGGAAUCACGGAUUUUGUUCAUUCUGGAGAAUGUGAAAACAAAUCUGCGAGCCAGGUUAUCAUAGAGAUGACUGAUGGAGGAGCAGAUUAUUGUUUUGAAUGUGUUGGUAAUGCAUCAUUGAUGCAUGAGGCAUAUGCUUCUUGUAGAAAGCAGGGUUGGGGAAAAACAAUAGUUUUGGGAUCGGACAAGCCAGGCUCCAAGUUGAGCCUUAGCUGUAGUGAGAUCCUCGUUAGUGGGAAGAGCCUCGUGGGAUGCAUGUUUGGAGGACUCAAACCCAAGUCUCAUGUGCCUAUUCUCAUUAAACGCUACUUGGACAAGGAACUGAAUUUGGAUGGGUUUGUCACACAUGAAGUGGAGUUCAAAGAUAUCAACAAAGCUUUUGAUUUAAUGAUUAAAGGACAGUGUCUUCGAUGUGUGAUUUGGAUGGACAAAUGAGCCUGUUAUUGUUAAGUCCUUGAAUUAUGAGAUCAAUAAGUGAAAUAUUGUAUGCUGCUCUUGUUUUGUAUUUGACGAAAACAUUUUCAAUGCAUUGCUUGAAAUCCAAAAGUGCCUCUGUAAGGAGGUCACAAAAAAAAGACAGAACACAGAAAUUACAGAAACAAAA